AUAAUGAAAUUUAGAUAAAUAUAGAUCAUAAGCUCAGGUUAUAAAUAAGACCGGUAUACAGUAUGUUGACAGAACUCAAUGAAUUGGCUGUUCACUACAUAGCAUUGGUAUUUCACAACAGAAGUUAAAUUCAAUCUGUGAACUAUGUGGAUUCAGUAAAAGUUAUGGUUCGACAAACAGACAGAGAUAUUUUAGACGUUUUUCUUGGAACUGACAUAGAUCUGAAUAAGUUUAUCUUGCAAGAAAGAGGAUUUUCAACAAUGAGAGUCUCAGAUGAUGAAGCAUAUUUUUUUGAAGUGAAUGAGGACUUCUGCGAGGAAACAAUAAAAUUAGAUGGCACAUCAGAUUCUUUCUAUGAAGAAGAUGAAUCUGCAAGCUGUUUGCUUGGUGGGGAAUCUACUUGUAGCUCUACAGUUUUUCCAUUUCCCCAAACAGUUUCUGAACAGGAAAACUUUGACCCUUCAGGUGUUUUCCUGAAAGAAAUAGAAGGUGAAGAUCAGUUACCUCUCACACCUUUCAUAAAAGAAGAAGUAAAAAUGAAGAUUAAACUUCGAAGAAUGGCAGAGGGCAAGGAUGACAUACAUGUUGAAUUUAAACAUCCGCAACCUGAACAGCUGACACAGGAUGAGGAGGAGAAAAGGAAAAUCCGUAGAUCUAAAAACAAAAUGGCAGCUCAGAAAUGUCGAAAUAGGAAGAGAAAACUUACUGAAUCUCUUGAAGACGAGACAGAAAAAUUGGAAAACAAACAUGAUGUGUUGACACAAGAAAUCGAAAGACUGCAACAAGAAAAAGAACAAUUAGAAGAAAUAGUUAAAAUUCAUAGAACAGUGUGUCCUAAGUUGAGAUAGCCAUAGAAAAAUCCAUCUGGGGGAGGGGCAUUAUAUGUUAUGAUUUGGUUAACUUCCGUCCAUCUGUCAUAUACAUUUAUCAAAAUUACUUUCUACUCCAUAAAAUAGAAAUGGAGAAGAGGCAAAAAAGCCCUUAUAUGCUUAUAUGGCCCAUAUUUUACUGCAAACUCAAAAGUUAUAAUCUAGACUAAGGUACAAGCUAUUUAGAAAUUCACAUAAACCAAGCUACCAUGGCAAUAAAAUAUGAGUGAAUUUGCAUUUUUGAAUGUUGUUUCUUCAUAGACAGAAAAAUAUUGUAGUUUUGAUUGAUUGUUUGUUUUUGUUUCACACCAAGCUGCAAAUAAAACAUUAUUAAGGCGACGAGCAGUGAAAUGAACAUUCCAAAUUAUAUAAUUAUUCUGUAUUUUUUAUGUGUUGCAGACUUGUGUUCCUUUGUGUAAUUUGUAUUUCAAAGGAGAUGUGACGUAUAAAAUAUCCUGGGAUUUAUUUAUGCAUAUUUAUUUAAAGAUUUAAUUUAUUUCUUGAACAUGGUUUUGUUGGGACAAAAUAGAAAGUUUUCCAUCUGUCUGUUAGGCCGUUCCAUAGCAGGUUAGAGUUGUUGGUAAAAGUAGUUUACCUUGAAAUUGUGGUCGCAUUCAUUUAAAAGUUUCACUUUGAACACAUGUUUAUAUGAGAAGAACUUUUUGAAAUUUUGAAAUUUAUGUCAAAUCGUGACUUUAAUUUUAAGGGUCACAGAACAUAGACGCAGGGCAUGGAAAAAAUCUUGUUAUUAUUUGAUUAUAAAGUUGAUCUUAUGUCUUUAUGACUUAGUUUUUAGGAAUCAAGAAAUGUGUAUUAGUAUGUAGUUGUAUUGGUCCAUUUUUAUGAAUAUUUGUAUAUUUUUGUUAUGUUUUAAUUUACUAAUAAACAUAUUUACACCAACA